UUGAAUUCUUCUUUCCUUAAAUUUUUUAGUUUAAGUUCCUUUUUUUGCUUUAUUUAUCUAUUUGCUAGCCACAUGUUUCCUCUUAUUGCAGUUUUUUGAUUUAGCUGAAAUUGCUCGCUCAUCUUUCUUUGUUGACCGCAUUGUUUUUACCAGUUACCAAACAGAAAUUUUCGACUCUAGAGCGGGAACUAAAUGAUUCUCACCAAGACGUACUACAUACGUACACAGAGGGUGGAUGAGUGAAAUGGCCGGAACAAGUGAAGCCGAUUCUGAGGAAUCGCAGAGAAAUGGAAGCUCCUUUCAAUGGGAUGACAAAUCUCAGCUAUUCUACGAUGCCAGUAGUGGAUUUUAUCAUGAUCCCGUUGCGGGCUGGUAUUACAGUAGUAGAGACGGUCUCUAUUACAAAUUUGAAAACGAGAACUAUGUGCUGUUGGGGUCUGACCAGGGUGAUCUAUCUGAAACGUAUCAGUGUGUAAACAGCAUUCCUAAUAAUUCCAUUCAAGAUGACCCUGAUGCACAUGUACAUUCUCAUAAAGAUGUGGAUUACUCAUUAUUUCAAACAGGUGAAUCUGAAGCAGAUAAACUAGGAACUGUUGCCGAUGAUCCCCCUACAGUCUGCAUUGAGUGCAACAGCAGUCAAAUGACUGAGUCUGAAUGUCCACCUCCACCAUCAGAAUGGUUAGAAGAUACACUUAUUGAUCUUUAUUUAUCGGGUUAUUCCAACCAAGCAACUGAUGUUGUUCAUGAUGUGAUGAUGCCCAUGGAAACUGAUCAAAGGGAUAACUUAGGUCUGUCAGUUGAAGGAAACAAUGAUACUCGUGAAUUAGAAGAAGGUGAAUGGAUACCAGAUGAAGAUCAUGGAGUAAAUGAUUCAAGUGAAAGUAUCUCAGAUGAAGGUGCUUCUUGGGAUGAAGAAAACUGGCGUGCUCAGUAUGGUCAAGUCAUUCGUUCUGGUGAAGAGUCAGUCCCAGAUUUCAAAGUGAUAGAUUUAUGGGAUUGGUCAAUUGUCACAAGAACAAGAAAGGAUGGAAAAAAUCAGGUUGCCAGGCUGGUAGGCCGAUUGGUGAGACAAUCCGCUAGGCUUCACCCCUCAAUGCCUUCGGGUGGUGGUCUGCUGAAAACUGCUCCAAUAUGUGAAGUGCAUCUUGACCUGGUGUAUAAGUUGAGGAGUCCUAGUGCAAAAUACUUGGCCUCCUUGUCAACUUAUGAUUCCUCCAACCCAACUAAAGAUUGGGGCUUCCCAGAAUUGUCAAUUGAUGGGAAAAUCCAAGCCCCACCCGGAUCGGGUGGAAACUGUGAAGCGAAGAUGAUAAAGGGUGCCCCCGUUCACAAGGAUUUGCCUUCAUUGCCAGUUCAAUUCUGUGCAUCUAAUAAUGUAAGUUCUGCAGCAUAGAAGCUUGGCUUGAAG